AUGAAGUCGCUGACCGACGAACCACCUAGAAGCCGGAUGCACUUCAUAUCUCUCAACUGGAUUACAGCAACGGUAGUGUUGCUGGCUGUAACGACUAUCCUUGCAGCGCCGGUCCGAAAUUUGGAUCCCGAUCUAAUCUACUACGAUAACACGCGCGACGAAAGUGGAUACAGCUUUGCGUACAAAACUAAAGACGGCCAAUACCGCGAGGAGCAAGGAUACAUCGAACCGGAAACGGGCAUCUUACGGGUGACGGGCCUGUAUCGUUUCCAGGGCACUGAUGGUAAGACGUACGAGUUCAACUAUGAGGCAGAUGAGAAUGGAUAUCGUAUCGUGAAGAAACGUCCUGCCUUUGGAGCUCCAAUUUCCAACACGGUGCUACUAUCGCUCGUUGGUUGA